AUGUCUGCGUUGCGCGGCGCAGUGCAUGCGAAGUGGAUCAUCGGGAAAGUCAUUGGGACCAAAAUGCACAAGACGGCCAAAGUGAGAGUGACCCGGCUGGUGCUUGACCCCUACUUGCUCAAGUUCUAUAACAAGCGGAAGACCUACUUCGCUCACGAUCCGCAGCAGCAGUGCAUCGAGGGAGACAUCGUCCUCCUGAAGGCGUUGCCCGAACGCAGGAGCAAACACGUGAAGCACGAACUGGCAGAGAUCGUGUACAAGGUGGGGAGGGUCAUAGAUCCGGUGACGGGGAAGCCCUGCGCGGGACAGAGGCUCCUGGAAAGCGUGGCGGACACAGAGAACCUGACGGACAGAGACGCCAACUACCUGAGCGAGAAGCUCCAGGAGUUGACGGUUUCUACGCAAGACAAGUGAAAAGUGGCCACCGGAGAAGAAAACCCGGGACAUUUCCAUAUAUAUAUAUAGAUAUAUUUUUAUGAGAAGGUUAUGUAUCACACGGUGUGCGCAUGCGGCCUUUUCUAAAACAGUUGCAAUGAACAAUAAAGCCGGAGUUAAGUUAA